GCCAGCGAAGGUGCCGGGCGCCGGGCCCUCCCCGCCGGCGUGGCCGUCAUCGCCCGGAGCGGGUGCGCGGCGGGAGCGCGGGGGAGGCGGGCGCCGCCAGCGCCGCCGCGCAGGACAGGAGGAGGAGAAAGGGUGCGCAGCCCGGAGGCGGGGUGCGCCGGUGGGGUGCAGCGGAAGAGGGGGUCCAGGGGGGAGAACUUCGUAGCAGUCAUCCUUUUUAGGAAAAGAGGGAAAAAAUAAAGCCCUCCCCCACCACGUCCUUCUCCCCAGCCCUCGCCGCACCACACACAGCGCGGGCUUCUCGCGCUCGGCACCGGCGGGCCGGGCGCGUCCAGCCUUCAUUUAUCAAGCAGCUUUUCGGAAAAUGCAUUCGCUGUUCGGAGUUUAAUCAGAGGAGGAUUCCUGCCCCCGUCCCCGGCUCGUCCACCGGCCCCCGGUCCCUGUCUCUCUCCUGUGGAGGCGUGAAGCGGUCCCGCGGACAGAGAUCCAUGUCUGUGCCCGCGCGUGUGUGUGCGCGUGUAAAUUGCCGAGAGGGGGAAAAUCACAGGACUUCUGCAAAUACUGGACUGAAAAUUGUAAUUCAUCUGCCGCCGCCGCUGCCUUUCUUUGCUCGUGCUCUUGAGAUCUCCGGUUGGGAUUCCUACGGAUUGACAUUUCUGUGAAGAAGUCUGGGAAUCAAACUGGAAAUUCUCCUAAUUUUUACACCCUCCGCCCCCAACUCCUGAUUCAUUUGGAAGUUUCACAGCAGCUAUCACUGGAGAGUUCUGAAGAUUGAUGGAAUCUUUGCCUUAUGCAUUUGUUUUCACAGAAAAGGAAACUUGACAGAGGAUCAUGCUGUCCUGAAAAAAUACAACAUCACGGAGGAAGUAGACUGAUAUUAACAAUAAUUAAUAAUGUGCCUCAUGAAAUAAAGAUCCGAAAGGAAUUUAAAUAAAAAUUUCCUGCAUCUCAUGCCAAGAGGGAAACACCAGAAUCAAGUGUUCCGCAUGACUGAAGACACCCCCUCAUCCAAGAAUGCAAAGCACAUCCAAUAAAAUAGCUGGAUUAUAACUAUUCUUCUCUCGUGCGGGGCCGUGGGGCGGGAAGCGGGGGCGAGAGGUGCUGUUGGUACCCGGCUGCUUUUCCGUGGGGGAAGGAUGGCGCACGCUGGGAGAACAGGGUAUGAUAACCGGGAGAUAGUGAUGAAGUACAUCCACUAUAAGCUGUCGCAGAGGGGCUACGAGUGGGAUGCCGGAGACGCGGGCGCCACGUCCCCGGGGGCCGCCCCCGCGCCGGGCAUCUUCUCCUCCCAGACUGGGAGCACCCCAGCGCCAUCCAGGACCUCCCCGCCGCCGCCCCAGACCGCUCCCGCCGCCCCCGCCGGGGGGCCUGCGCUCAGCCCCGUGCCACCUGUGGUCCACCUGACCCUGCGCCAGGCCGGUGAUGAUUUUUCUCGUCGCUACCGCCGCGACUUCGCCGAGAUGUCCAGCCAGCUGCACCUGACGCCCUUCACCGCGAGGGGACGCUUUGCCACGGUGGUGGAGGAGCUCUUCAGGGAUGGAGUGAACUGGGGGAGGAUCGUGGCCUUCUUUGAGUUCGGUGGGGUCAUGUGUGUGGAGAGCGUCAACCGGGAGAUGUCCCCCCUGGUGGACAACAUCGCCCUGUGGAUGACUGAGUACCUGAACCGACACCUGCACACCUGGAUCCAGGAUAACGGAGGCUGGGAUGCCUUUGUGGAGCUGUACGGCCCCAGCAUGCGGCCUCUGUUUGAUUUCUCCUGGCUGUCUCUGAAGGCACUGCUCAGUCUGGCCCUGGUGGGAGCUUGCAUCACCCUGGGUGCCUAUCUGGGCCAUAAGUGAAGUCCACAAGCCGGCCACAAACACAUAUGCAAAAGGUUCACUAAAGCAGUAGAAAUAAUAUGCAUUGUCACUGAUGUACCAUGAAGCGAAGCUGUGGUCUCUUAAAAACAAAAACAAACCACCACCAACAACGAAAAAACAGCUUUCAGGCUCAACGUCGAAUCAGCUACUUACUGCCAAAGGGAAAUACAAUUUAUUUUUUACAUUAUUAAGAAAAAUAAGAUUUAUUUAUUUAAGACAGUCCCAUUGAACAUGUCUUUGGAAACCCUACUGCUAAUUACUAAGCCCCACCUGGAUGGCUCCACCUGGUCUCCUGUGCCUAUAAACACGGAUUUCUGUUCCAUGUUGUUGGCCCAACUGACUCACCAUCUGAAAAGCAAACAAAUUGACAAAGGACUUGACUGUUCCAGAAGCCGGGUUUCUGGCUGCUGGAGGUUAGGAAGAAGGUGUUCGGUUUCUUUGCCUUUUUUUUUUUUUUUUUGCCCUGGAGGCUGUGUUCUUAAUAGAGGGAGGGUCCUUGGAGGGGAGACCAUUCUUCCCUGGCCUGAAGAACAGGCACUUUGCAUAUGGUACACACCCGGUUGGAAGAAAACCAUCUGAAACUUCAGAUGGAUUUGGUGUUUGCCAAGAUCUCCACCCCGAAGGACAGUGACGGGAAAAAUGCCCUUAAACCAUAGGAAAGUAUUUUUUUAAGCUACCAAUUGUGCCGAGAAGCAUUUUAGCAAUUUAUACAAUAUCAUCCAGUACCUUAAGCCCCGACGUGUAUAUUCAUAUAUUUUGGAUACGCUCCCCUCCAAAUACUGGCGCUGCCUGUGUAUGAAACAGAAUCCUCUGGAAUGCGAGGAAGUGAACGUUUCGGUGACUUCUUCGGCAUCAGGAAGCAUCAGGCCGCCACAAGUGCCUGCUUUUCCGCAAGAGGCCGCGGUCUGCUCUGCCUUGCCCCAGCUCGGAGACCUCGUCCUGGAACCCAGCCUGGCCACUCGCUGGCCUGCUCGAGGGCUUUUAAACAGAGCGGUGUGGUCUGCGAAUGUCUGGAAGCUGACGGAGCUCAGAAUCGCGCGGGCAAGGAAAGACGGCAGGAGGCCUGGUCCUGCUACCCUGGGGCCCCCUGGUUAGGCGCCUCUCCACGCGGAGCGUGGAACCCGGGAGCCAAGGCUCUUCGGGCGUUGAUCACUGUGGAGGGAAGGAAACAGGCACUGCGCCUUUGCUCGCGGAGGGAGGUGGCGAUGGCUGAGGAGCCCGCCCCCCAAGGGAAACGCUCGCGUGCGCCUUGGCAGCGCGGCUGCCAGCCUGCCUGUGCAGCUUAAAGCAAGAUUUUAAAGACUUUGGGGAGGGUCAUAAAUCCUAAAGGAAGCGUUAAAAUGGAUUAACUGACCUAUGUCUGUGGAAUUACGAUGUAAAACAUUAUCUUGUCAUUGUAGUUUGGUUUUAUUUGAAAAACCUGACGGAGGGGGGAAAAAAGUUCCAGGUGUGGAAUGUGGGGAUUAUCUGUACAUCCUGGGGCGUUAAAAAAGAAAAAAAAAAAAAAAAUCAGUGCUGGAAAACGCUAGAGAAGUAGCAAAAGAAGUGAAAUCUCCAGUUCAUAAACUAGAAAUAUUUUUUCAAGUUUAGAAUCAGCCUUGAGACAUACGUGGAAUAACUGUGGCAUUACUGCAUUAUAUACCAUUUAUCUGUAUUAACUUUGGAAUGUACUCAUGUUCAAUGUUUAAUGCUGUGGUUGAUAUUUCGAAAGCUGCUUUAAAAAAAAAGAUUACAUGCAUCUCAGCAUCUUUUUAAAAAAUUGUAUUUAGUUAUGGCCUCUACACUAUUUGUUAGCAAAAAUGAUCAUUUUUUUCCAUUUGAGGUUUUUGGCUCUUAAUUCUUUAAAAGCAUUUCUGAGGAGGUGAGAUAAGCCCUGGGUCUCAGCUACCUGAGAAAACCUGGAGCAUGCUGGCCACCCAGCCACCUUGCUUGAACCGAGUUACGUCCACUUCCAUGUCAACAGAAUUAUUUAUUGUGAGGGACGUAUCUGUUGUCCCUUUGACCUAGUUGCUUAGGUUUACUUGUCCUUGGCCAAAUCAGAAUUUAACUCACAUCAUUUAGGAUUGCAUACAUGUUUGGUUAAACCCAUGAGGUUCAUUUGGCUGGAAAGCCAGAUGGAAGAUGACCAGGGGAUUAAAUUCUGGCUCCGAUGGUUUGCCCUUUAGAGAUGGUUUCCGUGCCCGUUUCCACGGAGACCUGUCUGGAGCCCUCCCACCCUCCUUCCAUAGGGCCUUUCUCCGUGGCCGUCCUCAGGUCCUUCCUGAAAUGCAGUGGCGCUUACGCCCUAGACAGAGAAAGCAAGAAACCCAUGGUAUGAAGCCAGACCUCCCUGGCGGGCCUCAGGGAACAGGACCAUCAGACCUUUGAAUGAUUCUAAUUUUUAAGCAAAAUAUUAUCUUAUGAAAGGUUUACAUUGUCAAAAGUGAGGAAUAUGGAAUAUCAAAUUCUGUGCUGCUAUCCUGCCAAGAUCAUUCUAAUGGAGUCGGUUUGCAGUACACUCCAAGUGGCGAGAUCCUCCAAGCUGCUUUAGAAGUAACCAUGAAGAACACGGACAUUUUUAAUAUAAAGCCUGUUUGUCUUUUGUUGUUGUUGUUGUUAUUGUUCAAGCUGGGAUUUGCAGAGUGUUCUAAAAAUGUAUAUAUAAAAAAGGUCACAGGGGCUAAUUUCUGACUGGUUUCGUUUUGCUGUGGGGUUACAUUAUCUGGUUUUAAUGAUAAAUGUUCCCGGCCACCUGACCCCAGAACUGUACAGUAUUGUGGCUACACUCUCUCUAAGAGUAGUUGAAGUUGCAUUUUUCUUGUUGUUAAAAACAUGUUAGAAGCAAUGAAUGUAUAUAAAAGCCUCAACUAGUCAUUUUUUUCUCCUCCUUUUUUGCAUUGUCUCAAUUACUUUGCAGUUGGACAGCAGAGACCCAUUCCUACCUAACAGGUGUGGAGGAGGGAUUCACACCUGAAUUACCAUCCGCGUGGUGCACAUGUUGGCCCAGGUCAGGGUUCAAUAGAGCACGUGCACUUUCCAAAUGGAGGUCAAGGGCUCUAAAAAAAGCCACAAGGAGAAAAGCACCCAAGAACCUCCUGGGUCCUCCCAGGCCCUCGCCGCACAGACAGCCCGAAAGAGAGAUCAAAAUGACAGCUCGUAUCUUCUGCAGCAAACAGCUCAUCUCAGAUUUUGCAGGCUUAAGAUGUGGCUUAAAGUCACAUUUCGAAUGAAGGAAGCACUUUGCUAUAGUUCAAGCCAAAACCCAACAGCCUCUGCCCCAGCUCACUUAUCUCUGUCUGUUCAGAUAUGACCUUCCAUUAAGAUUUGACUUUAUUUCAUUAGAAAAUGUUUAUGCUUAUCAUUUAAAGACCUAGUCCUGGCCCAAUGUGGGAAAUUAGGAAGUGAUCAUAAAUCAAGAGGAGUUCUAAUAAUCAGGAUUAGACAUAAAUAUGUAGGACAGUCCCAACGCACGUCUGAGUUUUUUGCAUCGAGGAUCUAUGGGAUAAACAGAAUUGCAAAUUGUCUAUAUUGUAAUUAAACUUACGCUAAAAUGAUGAACUUAUACAUGUGAACUUAAAUUCUAAUUUCGACUGUACUUCUAAGGCAGCGGCUGUUUUUAUACUUCCUUAUCACUUAUAGUUAGUAAUGGACACCUCCUCUAUCAGAAAAAAACAGGAAGGGCUUGAAAUGUAAGCCAUUCUAAGGAAAUUAGGGAGUCAGUUGAAAUUCUAUUCUGAUCUUAUUCUGUGGUGUCUUUUGCAGCCCAGACAAAUGUGGUUACACACUUUUAAGAAAUACAAUUCUACAUUGUUAAGCUUAUGAAGGUUCCAAUCAGAUCUUUAUUGUUAUUCAAUUUGAAUCUUCCCAGGGAUUUUUUUUUUUUUUAAUUAUUAUGGGACAAAGGACAUUUGUUGCAGGGUUGGGAGGAAGAAUUUUCAAAUGAGCAAAACAUUCCCAAGAUUGGAUCAGGGUGUGGAGGCUUUCAGAAUAGCCAGGACUGUAGGAUGUGAGAUGCAAACAAGUGAAAACUUCACUAGGGUCAAUGUGAUGCCUCCGUGAAGGACCUUAUGCAACAAACAAGAAACAUUUUCAAGUUCUAUGGUAUAUUUAGCUUCUAGAGACAACAGGACAACUCAAAGUCCAGCUCUGUGCGGCAAUAUGCAGAUGAACCAAAACUCCUGUAAACAUCUGCCAUCAAUGGUAAGGAUUUCAGUUUCAAGCCUGGGCGUGUCUAAUGGCCAUUUAAACAAUAAAUUUGUAAUUUUAACCAACAGGAUAUUUAAUGAAAACCUUCUGGUUGGUAGGGACAUCUAUUUCUAAAUACUUGUUAUGCACAAUAUGGGGAGAAGAAAAGUGAGACUGAACUGGGUAAGUAAUAAUACAAGUUCCUUAUCCUUACCCAAAGAUUCAUCCUGUUCCAUGUCUGUGCUCAUAGGACUGGCCUUAGACAACCAUGAAAUAUGCAUCCCAUGGGGCACAAAGAAAACCAGAUGGAGUAUGAAUGGUAUUGCCCCAAUUCAUCAUGACUACCCCAGAAAAAUAACUGAAAGGCCGUAUAUAUCCUAUCGAUGACAAGGUUGUUUUAGGUCCCAAGGUAAGCUCAGCAGACAGAAACACUUGUGGAAGAUGGAAAGGCUUAAUCAAAAAAUCCCGGGAUUGUUACUAAAUAUGACUAUAGUAUAUUAGUAACUCCGUGUCCCUAAACCUUUUAGGGAAUCUGCAGUGAGCCUUCCAGCCAGCUCAUUUCAUUAAGUUUUUGCCUCUGGGGUAGCAUUUAAAGGAGUGAUAGCCGAUCACAUUUCUUUGGAGGAAGCUUGUGUUUAUUAUACUAUCUUCUUAAGUUUUCAACCAAGUUUUGCUUUUGUUUUGAGUUACUGGGAUUAUUUUUGUUUUCAAUAAAAAUAAGUGUAUAAAAAGUGGUUUUGUAUUGAAAGCUUUUGUUAUCAAGAUGUUCACACUUCUCCCUUCCAUGGGCUGUUUUUAAGAUGGACACUUCUUAGGGGUGGCUGAUAUCCUGCAACACUGUACACACAAAAAAAACUAUAUAAGUGUACUUUAGAUAGUUAAGAUAAAGUAAGUCUCUGCUUGGCCAGCAUUAAAUAUAAUAGCAUUUUCUUUGUAUUGUUGGGGAAAGCCACACUGCCAUUCAACUUUCUUUGUCUGUCCAGUUAAUAUUGUGAAGAAAAAUAAAGUACAGUGUGAGA